AUGUCUGGGCUAAAUCACAGCCACCUCAACCACUCACGACGCCGCUGCGAGCUCGGAAAGGUCUCUAGAUUUCGAGUUUUCCGACGCCGUUUCCGGCGACUCCGGCAGUUGUCUCCAGUUCUGGAGGGAGCACAAGGAGGUGGAGGACUUUGCCUCAGUUUCUCUUCUCUUCUAUCCAUCUGUUUUUGCUUCACAAUUCAUUCCCAGACCACACCUUUCAGAGGAACCAACCAACCAAGCUAUGACUACAUAUUUCCAAAAUUUAAGCAACCAAAACUAACCCCUCCUAUGCAGGGGAUGAGAAACUUGCUUCUUAUCCUGAACCACACCCCGCGCCCCCCACCCCACCCCCCGGCGCCAAAAUGA